AUGAUCUUCAGGCAGAAGGCGAUGUUACUUUCCUGGCUGCUGACAGUUAUUAGCUGUUCGAGCUUAUCCGAAGCUCUUUUGUUGUGUCCUCUCUUCCCCUACUUUGACUCGCACGAACAUGCUGUGUGCCCCAUCGGUGCAUCUGUACCGAGCUGGGCCUCGAAUUCAUUGGACAGCGGCUGGUUAAAGGGAGAUGCCUGCCACAAGUUGGGCUCGGAUCAGUUCUGCACUUUCACCCAUCCGGGAUUCAAUCGUGGCCUUGGUGUAUCAUUUGUCACCAGGGAUGCGAUACUCAAAGACGUGUCAUCGAUGCUUGCUUCUGAGGUAGUCAACGCCGAGAAUGGAAGUGUUGCUGCCGUGCCGUCUUACGAAGCCAAGCAAAUACCGGGAAAGGGAGUUGGGUUGAUUGCAAAUCGUAAUAUCACACAGGGAGAGCUGAUUAUGGCCAGAACUCCGGCAGUUGUGGUGGAUGGUACAGCGUUCAACAACUUGAGCACGAUUCAUCUCACACAGGCACUCGCCCAAGCAAUCAAGUCCUUACCGCAGGGACAUCAAAAGGAGUAUCUCCGCCUGUCAACCCAUGAUGAUGUUGCUACAUUUGAAGAAAGGGUAUACAAAAUUUUCGCCACGAACAAUUUCAGGACGAAAUUUACCAAUGGAAACGACUUCCACUCCACAUUCACUGAAGUGUCUCGACUCAACCACGACUGUCGUCCCAACAGUGGAUAUCAUUUCGAUGCGUCCACGUUGUCACAGAAUGUCUAUGCGGCUCGCGACAUUCGCACCGGAGAAGAACUAAGCAUUGCCUACUAUGAUCCACUCCAAGCCCGUGCCGCACGGCGGCAUCAGCUGCAAUCUCACUGGGGCUUCCAAUGCACAUGCAAGCACUGCACCGCAGAUCCGGAAUUGGUUGCAAAAUCAGACCAGAGAAUUGAGCAGAUACACGCUCUGUGGAGGGAUCUCGACGAUUACUCCCCGGCUUCUGCUGGCUCGGCCGAGAAAGCAGAGCUCCUUGUGCAGCUCUACCAGCUCGAGGGUGUGGAGACUCGCAUACAUGAAGCGCAUUAUCGGGCCGCGAUCGAGUGGAACGGUGUUGGGAACUCAGUAUUGGCACUUGAGGCGGCACAAAGAUGCCUCGAUAGAGGGGAACUGAUGCGAGGGCCCGACGCGCCCUUCGCAAGGAACAUGAGGGAACUGAUCCAAAAUCCACAAAAGCACUGGAGUUGGAACUUCAGAUUGCCGAACAAGCAAGAGAAGCAGAUCCAAGAACUUCUCGAGCUGGGCAACGUGCUGCUUGUGCUGAAUUUGGAUGCGAUAUGCGCUAUGUUUCUGGUUUGA